CAGUUUAUGCUUGACAAUCUGUCUGUAACGACUCAUUGAUUUUUUUAUUUUUUUUAAUAACAAAGCAAAAAAAAAAAAAAGACAACAAAUCAUGUUAUUAUAUAUUAAUCACAUUGUUUUAAAUUAAAUUUUAAUUUUCGUUAGAUUUGUUUGUCAUUAAUACUAGUUGAAUUAAAUUAUUGUUAUAAUUUGUUAUAAUAUAUCUAUUGUGAAUGGAUUUCACAAUGCAAGAGUCUGAGAGUUCAAUAUCAGAUUUUUCAUAUGAUUCAGAUGAUGCUAAUGAGUUAGGUGAAGGUUUUAAUAAUAAAAGCAUCAAUAUGGAUGCCGUUGACAGUGUCAGUAAACGACAAGCAACAAGGGUCUUUAAAAAAUCAAGUCCAAAUGGUAAAAUAACAGUUUAUUUAGGAAAAAGAGAUUUUGUUGAUCACAUAACACACGUUGAUCCAAUUGAUGGUGUUGUUUUAAUAGAUCCUGAUUAUGUUAAAGAUCGUAAAGUAUUUGGUCAUGUUCUUGCUGCAUUUAGAUAUGGUAGAGAAGAUUUAGAUGUACUUGGUUUAACAUUUAGAAAAGAUUUAUAUCUAGCUGCUGAACAAAUAUAUCCAGUUUUACCUGGUUCACAACCACCAAGAGAAUUAACAAGAUUACAAGAAAGACUUGUUAAAAAAUUGGGUAGUAAUGCAUUUCCAUUUUAUUUUGAACUUCCACCACAUUGUCCUGCAUCAGUUACAUUACAACCAGCACCUGGUGAUACUGGUAAACCUUGUGGUGUUGAUUAUGAGCUUAAAGCAUUUGUUGGUGAAACACAAGAUGAUAAACCACAUAAAAGAAAUUCAGUUAGACUGGCAAUCAGAAAAAUUAUGUAUGCUCCAUCAAGACAAGGUGAACAACCAUCUGUCGAAGUUAGUAAAGAAUUUAUGAUGUCACCAAAUAAAUUACAUCUUGAAGCAUCAUUGGACAAAGAACUUUAUCAUCAUGGUGAAAAUAUUGCAGUUAAUGUUCACAUAGCAAAUAACAGUAAUAGAACAGUUAAAAAAAUCAAAGUUUCAGUCAGACAAUUUGCUGAUAUAUGUCUAUUUUCAACGGCUCAAUAUAAAUGUACAGUUGCUGAAGUUGAAAGCGAAAAAAAAAAUGUAAAAAAAAUGAUUAAACCCGGCAGUAUAGGGGUAGCGCCAGGAUUCACAUUGAGCAAGGUUUUUUCACUUAAACCAUCACUUGCUGACAACAAGGAUAAACGUGGUCUUGCAUUAGAUGGUCAACUUAAACACGAGGACACCAAUUUAGCAUCUAGUACCAUAGUUGCUGAUCCAUCACAACGUGAAAACUUGGGUAUUAUUGUCCAGUACAAAGUCAAAGUAAAACUUUGCCUUGGGGCACUUGGAGGAGAUUUAGCUGCAGAAUUGCCAUUUAUUUUGAUGCAUCCAAAACCAGAAGAAGAAACACCAGUACCAACAGCUAGACCAAGUCCAACUCAUAAAACUGCAGAUGGUGAUAAUUCACUUGAUACAAAUCUUAUUCAAUUAGAUGGAGAGGAUGAUAAUGGUGAUGAUGAUAUCAUAUUUGAAGAUUUUGCUCGUCUUAGGCUCAAGGGAGAGACAGAUGCCUGACCGUGCACCUUUCUCCAAAGAAUUUGGUUUAAUAUGCAAACGUCCAAAAUAUUAAAAUACUGCGUCAUUUAUUGAAUACAAAAUAAACAAAAAAAUAAUAAUAUGUGCUCUCUGAGUCGUUCCCCUCAAUGUCGACAACAACUCAAAAAGAAAAAACCUUAAUAUUGGUACAGAGAUUAAUUUGUUUUGUGUGUUUGAAUUAACUCAUAAGUAAAUUGCAAAAAAAAACUGCUACACAUUGGUAUAUUUGAAACAGAAUUUUUUACAAAUUUUCUGAUAUAUUAUCUGUAUAAUAUUUUUAUUUUUUCAUUCUUUUUCUUGUACAUUUGCUUUUUUUUUUUCUUUUAAUUACUGGUUGCACUAAUAUUGAUGUGUUUUUUUUUUUUUUUUAAUUUUAUUUCUUUACGAUAUUUGCACUAACGUGCUGGCACGAGUGAGGAUAAUAUUAUUUUAUUGAUUAACUGAAUUAAAUGGAGAUGAAAAAAAAAAUAUAUAAAGGCGGAU